GUCAACGCAGCAGCACAGAAUAAUCUCAAAAGGGCGAAACGUAGGUGAAGCAGCUCCGUACUCCUCUCUUUUUCGCCAUCAUCUAGACAGUCGCCUUCAGGAAGGCGUCAUUCUUCGCUCCUUCUCUGUUUGCGCCUGUGGCACCCGCCGUUGGCCGGCAGCUCUACGGAGUUAAUUGGGUGUGCAGCCUUCGUCGCAACAGCAACCGUCGUUGUCGUGGAUCCAUCCGAUCCACUGAACACUUAGAUUCCUAUCAAACCCCUAACAGCACCUCCUUUUCUCCAACGGUCGCCAUGACGUUCUUCUCCAACAAGUCGUGCGACGUCUUCCCCCCGCGCCGCAAGGGACAGUCCGACGGUGCCUUGCGCAGCGAACUGAAGGCGCGCGGUGCUCCUCGCGACGCGGCCAUCAUCACCGCCACCGAACUCGAUAUCAUCCGCGGAAUGAUCGAGGGCAUCUUCCCGGGAGCGCUGCGCAGCCCUGCCGCGACCGCUGCGGCACCGCGCACGCACAACGAAGCCGCAGAGGAGCGACGGCGGAAGAUGCUAGAGUUCGACGCCGAGCGGGCCCGCAGCGGCGGGGCACCGAAGACGGCCGAAGAAAUCGAACUCGCGCAGGAGCGCCUGUUAAAUCUGGAGAAGGCGCGGCUGAAGCUCGACGAGGAGUACGAUGAGGUGAAGGCCAUGAACCGCGUCAUCGCCGAAGCGAAGUGCGUUGCCACCCGCGAGGCGCAGCUGCAAGAGAAGCAGAAGAGGGCCGAGGAGGAGGCCACGUACAACCGACAGAUGGACACGCUCAUGGCGCAGGAGGCGGAGAAGGCGCAGCAGGUCUACCUGGAGCGGGAACGGCAGCGGCUGGAGGAGCAGCGGCGCAACGCGGCCACCAUCAAGGUGCAGCUGAAGGAGCAGGAUGUGGAGCGCAUUCGGCGACUCGAGCGCCACCAGCAAGAGCAGGAGGCGAUGAACCGGCACAUGGAGCGGCUGCAGGAGGAAGAGAAGGCCACGAAGCUGCGCAAGAUUGAGGCGGCGCGUCGCAUGAUGGAGGAGGCCGCCAUCGCCAACGCCGAGCAAAUCGCGCUGAAGCAGAAGGAGCGGGACGCGCAGGUGGAGGAGGAGCGAAAAAUGGCGGAGUACAUCAAGCAGAAGGAAGCCCGCGAAGAGGCCUACGCGCAGGAGCAGGCACGCAUCCGGCACGAGAAGGAACUGGAGGUGGCGCGACUGCGGGCCAACCAGCAGCGUGUGCAGGACAAACAGGCGGAGUUGGAAGAGCUGCGCGCACGGCGGGUGCAGGAGGCGUACGCGCGUGAAGCACGCCGCAAGGAGAAGGAGGCGGCGGAGAGGGAGUCCACCAUGCAGGCGGAGCUCCAGCAGGCACGAUUAGCGCAGGUGGAGGAGCGUCAGCGGGCCAAAGCACUCGAAAAGGCGCAGGAUCAGGAGGAGGUGGACCGCAUGCUGGCGGUGCAGAAGGUGAGUCGUGAGCAGGACUUGGAGCGGCAGGCCCGCGUCCGCCGAAUGCAGGAGGAGAACUCCCUCGCUUUGUUGAAGCAGAUGAUGGAGGUGGAAGAGCGGCGGCGACGGGAGCGGCAGGAGGAGAUCGAGGAGGGCAACCAAGUUCGCAAAGACGCACGUGAGCGCCAGGCCGCGCUGGAGGCCAUUCGAGACCGCAAGUUGGACGAGUUAGAGGAGAUUGAAGCGCCCGAUCAGUACCGCCGUGCCCUGCUGCGCACCGGCAAGUAG